AGCUGGCAACAGCCAAACCUUCCCCAGGACCAGGGGCGGACUGGUGAGCCUUCCCUCCUGCAGGAGUUCAGCACCUGAGACAGCUCCCACAGUCCCCAAAGAGCAAGCCCUGAAGGAACAUUGCUUGGCCAAGUAGAUGGAAGGCAGAAGCAAGCCCCAGUUUCUGGCCAUUCUGGCACUGUUCAGUGUGCUGUUAUCACAGUCACUGGCCUGGCCUCUAUUUGGAUCACCUUCUGCUGUGAGGUUGGAUGACAGAGUACAGUUUGAAGGAGCAAAUGAGCCUGAUCAAGUCUCAUUCAAAGCAGACACGGACAUCUUACCGAAUGCGUUAGCUGAAAAUGACACACCCUAUUAUGAUGCAUCCAGAGCUGCCAGGCAUGCUGAUGGAGUGUUCACCAGUGACUACAGUAGACUUCUGGGCCAGAUUUCUGCCAAAAAGUACCUUGAAUCCCUCAUUGGAAAACGAGUCAGCAGUAACAUCUCAGAAGACCCCGUGCCGAUCAAACGACAUUCGGAUGCAGUCUUCACUGACAACUACACCCGCCUUAGAAAACAAAUGGCUGUAAAGAAAUACUUGAACUCAAUUCUGAAUGGAAAGAGGAGCAGUGAAGGAGAUUCUCCUGACUUCCCCGAAGAGCUAGAAAAAUGAUGGAAAGGCUCCUCCGGGGAGAGCUGUGGACAAGUGAAUUCUUGAAGGAAAACAACCAAGUAAUUACAUUUUGAGUUCUACAUACCUAAUUCAAGAAAACAACUUCAAUAGCAAAACCAAAUAAAAUGUGUUGUGAAUGAUGUGAUUUAUUUUAUUCUGAUGUAAUUACUGUGAUGUUUACAUUGUAAAUAUUAUUUGAGAGUUUUAAAAUCUGUCUUUAGCUCAUAAAAGGCUUGUAAUUUCAUGUGCUAUAUAUUCUUUCUAACAAAAAUAUAUUUAAUGAUAAGUAGAUGCUAGAUUAAUUCCAAUUAUCUGAGGCUUUUCUGUAAGGGGAGCAAUAGAGGGAAAUUGUUGUGUUUAUUUAUAGUAUUCAGAUGAUCAGAACAGCUAAUUAGUGUAAUGAAAUGUGAAUGUUAAGCAGAUAGGCUGCUGUGUUAAAUAACAAAAUUUCUAAGAGAAUACCAACAACAAAGAUCAAAAAGAUACUUGUGAAAUAGUUUUCAGGAAAUCAUAUGUCCACGUUGAAAGGGGACUUUACCUCUAAUGUAUUGAUCUCUGAGAUUAGACUCUGUAAUCCUCAAAAGCUUCCUUCAGAUCUGGGUUUCAGUUAAGGGGAUGAGUCUGGCUUCUGAUUUGGGGAGUCCCUUUCUGUCUGUGUUAUGGAUGUGUAAGAUAUCAGCUGAAUAGAGCACUUGAUUUUCAGUGAUCAAUAUUUUUUUCCAUAAUCACUCAGAAUAGCAUAUGAUCUUGUCAGUUUCCUUUAGUGAAAGUACAUUUGGAGACAACUAUUUUUCCAAUGUGAUUGUAUGAAAUUAAUUAUAGAAAAUAAAGAUCUUUGGU